AAUAAAUACAGUAAUACCCUUUAUUUAACUCCUGCAGUUUACUACAUACAAAACAAGUUUGUCUUGUUCUUUAGGUCUCACACUUCAAAUGUGUGUGUCUGGCACAAAAAUCCGUAUAUUUCUAACUCAAAAGUUUCAAGUGAAACCAAGAAGCAAGACACUAUGAUGGCUAAUGAUACAUACACAACAAAAUGGAAUGAGAAAGGAAUGGAAACAAAUGAAGGUUUGAGGACUUUAGAGUGUUUAAGAGGCAGAUUGCUUGCUGAAAGAGCAGCUUCUAAGGCUGCAAAUGAUGAAUCUGAACAAAUUGGCAAAAAGGUGUUAGAGCUUGAAAAGCAGUUGAAAAUGGAGGUUAAAUCAAGAAACAAAGCUGAAAAAAGGCUAAACUUUUUAAUGAAAAAGCUUGAGUCUUUGAACAUAUCUUAUGUUAAUGCUAAUUCAGCUGAUGAUUAUGAAUCUUGUUCAAGUGUUUCUGAAAAAGGUGAAAUUUCAUCUGUUUCAUCAUCUUGUAUAUCUUCUCAACAUCAAAUGGAAUUGCAAUUCCAAAAGGCCCAUCUCAAAAACAGUGGUGAAAAAAUAAAUUGCCAUGAGGCAAUUGCUCAGAAUUCCAAUGAGAAUGUGAUUUUUCCAACAAGUCAAAAAGAUGGUGAUAAAGAUGAUUUAGAGAAAGCUGAUUACAAUGGGUCAAAUUCUCUUGUUACAAAAGACAACAUUGGUCACGAAGGAAGCGAUCAAGAGGCGGAUGAUAAUGUCGAUAAUUCGAUGGCAUUGGUUGAAAUCAAAGAGGACACGAUCACGACACCAAGGAACGAAGAAGAUCACAAUGAUAGCAUUGACAACUCCAUGGUGUUAGUUGUGGUCGAUUCUAUGGUACCAAAAGAAGAGAAACAUGAUGUUCCUAUUUGUAAUGGCAAUGUGAAAGAUGUUCUUGAUGCUUUAAGGUAUGCUAGAGAAAGUCUUCAAGCUUCAAUUGAGAUGAGAAGACACAUGAAUUCAAACAUUUCUCAAACUAGACUCAAUGGAAUCUCUUGUUGAAGUACGUUAUAUACAUAGUUAUAAAAUCUACUAGUGAUUAAUUUUAAACUUAUACUAUUGUUUUUAAUAUUUGAGAAAUAAAUUGAAAACAUUUAUAUCUCCCUGUACUUAAAUGAAUAGGCAUGUCACAAGGGACACAUGAGUUGUGGUACCAAUCUUUUCCCUUCCAUACCUGCCUUCGUUAAUGUUGUAAAUUGUGCAGGUGACACGUGUACUAUUUUCGUUUUUCUACA